AUGGAGAAUGACAAAAGAGCCACCCAGGUCAAGAUCGACCUGAAGGAGCAGCAGUGGAGAAUAUUCGAAUACAACAUGAGCAAAUGGAUGAUCGAAAAUAAGUACAUUUUGGAUAAGGAAGAGAAGAAGAAGUUUUACAAGUGUGCAAAUUAUAGCAUAGGAAGUGGGAUUAUAAAUGCGUCUUUAGUGUACUGUCUUUGCAAAAGGAACAAGAAAUUUUUCACACCCAUGUCCAGAUUUUUUUUAACCUUUUCCUUCGGCAUGUACACCUCCAUGAUCGUGAACAAAAUUUUCAGGAGGAAGGCCUACAUGGAGAUCCUGACGGAGAAUACCACCAUGACCGAUAAGGUGAGAGAAGUAAUGAACGACAUCUUGAAUGUCAAAGACGAUGUUGGAAAAGCGCCCUCAACCGGAAGUGCCAACAAGUUGGACAGUACGAGCACGUCGAAUGUCUAUUCCAAGGGCCUGUAUGAUGACGGACAGGCACAGAUACAUGUGAAUCCCCCGUCCAAGGACAAUGUAAGUUCUCUCGCGCUAUAA